GCCUUAGUUCGGCCCGCGCAGUCUUACGCUUGUGUUGGCUUCGAAGAAGGCAUCGCAUCCGCAAGGGAGGCUGCACGCGCAGCGCUGAAGGAUGGACAGCAGUUUGAUGGUGUCCUGUCCUUCUCGCAAGGAUGUGCAGUUGCAACUUGUCUGCUCCGAGAAGCACAACUUGACAAAGGCCAUCCCCUGGCCAGCGCUCGUCUCGCUAUCCUCGUUGGCGGCUUCGUGCCUCGCGACCCAGACACGGCAGCGCGCUUGCGAGGAGAUGCGCUGAAAGUCCACUCUCUUCAUGUGUCUGGUGCAAAUGAUCUCUUGGUGACCAAAGCCAGGAGUGAGUCACUAGCGGAGCUGUAUGCAGUCAUGGAAUUCCUACGGGCACUGGGGAAUUCAGACAAGAGCUGCAGGCACUACUGGCGCGCGCAUCGGUUGACUGA